CAGAAAUACUCCCAGACAGCACUCCUCAUGUAAAUUGUGAAGGUUGUGUCAGCUUUCAAUGGACUGUUCAAAUUUGCUUUCGCUAUCAGAAUCAUUUGUGAACGUCUAAGUGCAGAUGCGGAUGUUUAACAGUGAGGAUGACGCGUUGUUCGGUUUGAUAAAGUGUGUGAGAUGUUCAUCAUGACAGAAAUGUGCUGACGUUUGUGCUCAGCAGUUUGGCAAUAACAUGUCAUCCACCGAGGCUGCCAGGGAGUUUCAAGCUAAAGAGCGCAAAUGCAGAAACCAGCUGAAGAAGCGACUGGCAAAUGCUUUGUCAGGAGACCUGAACCGGCUGCUGCAGGAGGAGCAGGAGACUGAUGUCACUCUGUGUGUGGGUCCUGUGUUUCGGCUGAAGGCCCACAGAGCGGUGCUGCUGGCCCGAGCUCCUCACCUCCUGCUGGGAACCGAACCAACUACACCUGUCAUACACCUGCAGGGGACUGAACCUGCAGCCCUCAAGGACUUCAUACAGAACGUGUACACGGCUGACAAGUGCCUGGCAAAGGAAAGUACUGCCUUAAAUAUACACAACGGCCAUUCGCUGGUAGUGAACGGCACUGCUGAAGAUGGCCCUGAUGUUGACUCUCAGGUCAGCUCUGACUCAAGUUCAGAGAAUUUCGAGUCAGCAUCUGGGCUUGGGGCAGAUCUUUUGGCUCUGUAUCACAAGGCCGAUAUCUCUGACAUCAGCAUUCAGGUGGCAGAUAGAGUCUUCUCGGCACACAGGUACUGUAAAAUCAUCAUGACCAACUUUCUGCAGCUUUUGCGUAAAUUUACCGAUUUGCUUUGGUCUCACUUUUCUUAAAUCGUUUAUGUAGCAGGGUACAAAAGUUU